GAAAAGAAAAAAUAGUAUAUAAAGAAAACAAAAUAGAAGGAAAAGCGCAAACAAAAAAUACCACUAUAGAAGUAGAAAAGGAAGAAAAUGAUACAAGAUAUCAAAGAAAUGAAGAAAAUAGAGAGAGAAGUAUUCUAAAGGAAAAGAGAAAGUGA